AUGAGAGGAGCUGCUCUUAAGCUUGGGCAGAUGUUGAGUAUUCAAGACGAGAAUUUUGUGAGUCCACAGAUUCAAAAGAUAUUUGAACGUGUUAGGCAAGCAGCAGAUUUCAUGCCAGCUAGACAAAUGAAAAGAGUUCUGGCAUCAGAACUAGGUGAAGAUUGGGUUCAAUAUGUCAAAGUAUUUGAAGAAAAUCCAUUUGCUGCAGCAAGUAUUGGUCAAGUUCAUAGAGCUACUCUUCAAGAUGACAGAGUUGUAGCAAUGAAAAUACAAUAUCCUGGCGUGGCUGAUAGCAUUGAUUCAGAUGUGAAUAAUUUAAUGACGCUUUUAAAUCGUUUCAAUAUUUUGCCACCUGGUUUAUUCGCUGAAAAGGCAAUUGAAGUGGCUACAAGAGAAUUGAAAGACGAGUGUGAUUAUCUACGUGAAGCUGAAUAUGGCAAACGCUUUAGUCGCCUGUUAGCGGAUGAUCUUGUAUUUCAAGUUCCACAGAUAAUUGAUGAAUUGACAACAAGUCGUGUUCUAACAGCUGAAUAUAUGAAUGGUUUAGUUCUAGAUGAUUGUAUUAGUCUUCCUCAGAAUGUCAGGGACUGGGUAAGUGCCAAUGUGUUUAAAUCAAUAAAAGGUUUGAAUUUAAGUUUCUUUUGGAUGCUUCAGAUGUAUCACUUGCAAUCCUCCACCAGGUCAGGAGUGAGGACAAAUCCUCGCCAAUGACAUUGGUUGGCUGAUGUUCGCGCUAAAAUCACGGAUUCGUAGAAGCUAGAAUUCAUAGGCCAUUGGACUGGGUCCUAGUGGUUGAGUGGUCUACGAACUUGACUUGUAACCGGAAAGUCCUGGGUUCGAUCCAUAGUAGUGUCAUGGGUGUGUACCGCUGAUGUGUCCCAAGCAGGGAUGAAAGGGUCGUCCGGUACUCCCUGGUUUUCAGUGGUUCUCCAACUGAUGCCAAUCUGUGGUCAAACUUCAGACGAAUGAAAUCUGUUCUUGGAGUGAGUUUGAAUUCCAUAUUUUGGGUGCUUGUCGCAUGAUGUCUUUCUAACUUUAAAAAGAAGAGAUACUACCUUGAUGCAGCAACAUGAGUAGCCAGUGACAAGUUUCCUAUCUUUAAUGUUGCGGUAGUUACAUUUUCCAAAACUCGGCUGUGUGCAACUGUUGUUAAGAUUAUAUAUAUAUUUUCUUAUCCGUUGAAAAUUGUGGACAGUGAGUGGAAUCGUUUAAUGUAUGUGAAAUGUGCGUCUCACUUGUGUUCAUUUAUUUUUUAGAUUUUAUUAUAUUCAUAAAGUCAUGUGAUGUGGCCUUGAACUUUACAUGUCUGUACUUUUUAAAGUUGUUUAUUUAUUCUUUUAAUGCGAACUGUUUCUUCACUAAUGUACCUAUAUUGAAAACAGUUGACAUUUUCUGUAAUUACAUUUCCACACAUAAUCUACUCAUUCCCUUCCCUACAUCUUAUUUAAAGGACUUCUUACUUUUAUGUUCUAACGAUGUCAGGUUCACAUUUGAAGGCGAUUGUCUCCGUCAGAUCGACGGUGCUACUAUGGGAAGCCGUUUGGAGACUCUUUUAGCAGACAACUGUAUUUUACACAUUGGGACUUUAUUUGAAGAUUUAGUCCAAGAUGUACCACUAUAGAAAAUGUGUGUCGAUGACGUUGUUAUCAUAAAUGACAAGCCUUGUUCUGCCCCACCACAAUUUUAAAUCGAAUGAAUGAAAUGAAAAAUAGC